GCGGCUGGUCCCGCGGUUCCGCCAGCCAGCGGGAGCGGCGACGGCGCGGGCAGCAUGAGGGAGACACUCGUAUAGAGCCCAGUGACUGGCACGCCCAGUGUGGAACAAGAAUAAGCGUGCAACAACUGCACUCUGGAACUUCUGGGAUGGAGAAUUGCUAGAUGGUCGUGGGUUCUGCCAUGAUGACUGUUCCUGUCGCUGAGCUUGGAUGAGGCCAGUACAUUAUGUACAGUGUAGAAGACCUCCUGAUUUCUCAUGGAUACAAGCUGUCAAGAGAUCUUCCGGCACCACAUGAGGGUCGCCAGCCAGCAAGGGCAAGAGAGAGAGUGGGUCAUGGCUUGCUGAAUGGAUGUGAGGAUGCCCCUACUGCCUUCCCACACAGUAAGGCGUCCCUGGGGACAAGACAUGUGAAUGAUUCUGAAAAUGAGCACCAUGCACUGAGAGCCCGAGGAGAGCCCCAGAGCGCCUCUGCUGCCAGGAUGUCUGAGGAGGGGUUUUAUCAUCAACCCAGGCUGGCGUGGUCCUCUCAGCACCAAAGUGGUCACAACCAUGCCUAUUGGAGAAGAGGACAGGAGGUCGGUGGCUUGCUGGCUCCGAGAGACCGAGAAGACCUGGAGGUCAGAGAAGUGGCCCAAGCCCACAGUCUGCCCAUCCACAUGAGAGAGGGUUCAUGGGAAGUUGGAGGAAGGACAGAGAAUGUGAUGAAGAAGGUGGUUUGGGAAGAAGAGCUGAGAAUGGGGGGCCCUGACAAGUGGCAGAAUGUAAGCCUGGAAAGCUGGAACCAGACAAGGAAAUUAGGAAGACAGAUGUCUGAUGGUGAUGGGGAGAAACUGUUUCAAGAUCUGUACCCAUUCAUGCGAGGAGAACAGGUGUUGAAUUCUCAAAGCAAAGGGAAAUCCCAGUCAUUGCCUAGAGUUCUCUCCCCUAAGAGCCUGAGUUGCAUGGAAAUUCCGUUAAGUGAUGGGUAUUUACCAGAUGUUUCUAGAAUGCCAUUUUACCCUCCAGAUUUUGCACCGAAUUUGGAAUCCACAAGGAACCCUGAGAAGGGUGGCUCCUCUAUCCCCUUACCAUGGCCAAAAUUUGGGAGGCCCCUCAAGCCUCCCUCCUAUGACUCCCACCAACACUCCAGGGCGGGAGUGGAAAACAGCAACCAUCUGGACAGCCAACAGGCAGACCUGAGUGUUUCCUACAGGCAGGAGGUCUGCCUGCCCGACUCUGGUUUGGAGCCUCCAGUGUACGUGCCUCCGCCAUCGUAUAGGUCACCACCCCAGCACAUCACAAACCCCUAUGCGGAGGAUGUGGCCCUCAGGCAUGUGUAUGAUGGUCGCCGUCAUCCAAUUGAGGAGGCUGCUGCCAGCUUUCAGCUUCCUUCUGGUUCCCCUGGGACUGGAAAUGAGUUCCUGAAACAGCCCCAUCCCAUCACUGCUUACGAUGGCUCUGUUCAGUAUAUUCCCUUUGACGAUCCACGGAUCCGACAUAUUAAAGUGGCCCAACCCCAGGGUUUCUGUGACAAAACAAAGGUAGAUGAGAAAUUGUAUAGCUCUGGUCCAGUCUCUGCCCCAGAGCCAGCUCAUGGAAGCAUGCAUCAUGAUGGUGCCGUUUUAAACCCACAGAGCAUCAUGCCCGCAUCAGAGAGAGAGAGAGGCUCUGUCCUUGGCGAUCCCAGUCCCCCGUGGCUGUGGGGCCAGCUCCCCAGGGAUGGAGAAAAUGGUGGCUUUCCUGACCAGAGAGACCACUGUGUUAUGAGAGGACAGUGGCCUGACAUGAGAGGCAGCCAACAUGGACAAGCAGAAAGCCAAGUCUCCUCCCCAAACCCACAGGGCGAGAGUACCUGUGAAACCCAAACCAAGCUCAAAAAGUUUGAAACUGGGAUUAAGACCAAGAAAAGUUCAAAGAAAAAAAUGAACGAGACGAUAUUUUGUUUGGUUUCUAUCCCAGUGAAAUCAGAAUCACAUCUGUCAGAUAUAGAUAGGAACAACAAUGACUUAAAACAGAGUGCUGAUAAGAAGCAUGGGCUUGAUAAGAGCCCAGCUCUGCAAGAACAAAGUCUGCUGAGCAUGUCUUCCACCGACCUGGAGCUGCAAGCUCUCACAGGAAGCAUGGCUGGGAGAACAGAGUUUCAAAAACAAGAUCUGGGGGGACCAGAAGAAGACAAACAAACAGAUGACCUCAGAUUCAUUCACCCCAUGAAACACAGAGUACUCCAGUAUUCUGGCUCGUGGCCAGGGCACCAGUACAAAGAUCAGCAAACACAAACCACUUUCACGGAAGAAUCCAAAAGCCCGCAGCCCCUCCCUGCUAAGUCAGGAGGGUCACCUAAUGCAGUGCUGACUCCAAAUUUUCUGGACCCUCCUGCCUCCGAAGCUCAGAUGCACACAACAUUAGCUUCCAGUGACCAGAACCAGAAGCCAAAUGUUCAUCAUCUAAAAGGUCAAGUGUCCCUCAACCCUUCUAGCUACAGUGCUUUUUCAAGGACUUCCUUACUCAGAAACCAGGCACCUAUGCCAACAGUGGGCCAGAGUCAGCCCUGCAUGGAUGACCGUGGACGUGGACCCAGUCCUGUGCCCAGAGGCGAGGUGGUGAAGGGGGCAACCACCGGUCCAUGCAAUAGUCAACAGCUGUUUGGUCAAUUUCUUUUAAAGCCAGUUAGCCGUCGUCCAUGGGAUUUGAUAAGUCAGUUAGAAAGUUUUAAUAAGGAGCUUCAGGAAGAGGAAGAGAGCAGUCAGAGCAGCAGUAGUAAUGAGAGCAGUGAGACAGGAUGGCAGCCAGAAGGCCAUGCUGGCUGCACACUCAGGAAUCUGGGCUUCACUGGGGAGAGCCAGGAAAGAAGAGGGAAGGAACCGCCAAGGGGGGUGGUGCCAGAGGAGCCUGUGUUUAGGUCGGGAAGAGUUAAGAGUAAGUCUGAGAGUUGGAGUGAGGAGCAGAAGCCUGCCACCUGCCACCAGGGUGCUCGUCCUCAGUGCCUGGGCCCCUUGCAGGUGGAGGACAGCAGAGGUGAAGUGUUGCUGUCAACACGGGGAAGCUUGAUUACACAGAGGAGAAACCAAGAUGUUGGGACAAGAAUAAAAGAGCUAGCAGUCAGCCCAAGACCUGUGAAAAGAAUAACAUCUUCUAGGUCACGUGAUACUGUGUCCUCAUCUGCUUCAGCUGAACUGAGAGAGCCCCAGGAAGGGCAGGAGCUCCUCAGUGCUGUAAAGUCUGUGGAGCCCAGCCAAGCAGCCCCUCCCACACCUGGUGAUGGGGAGGAGAGGAGCAUGGUGGGCCCCCUCUCUCUUGCCAGCAAACCUUUUGGACUCUCGGUACCAGACUUGAGGUCCGUGGGGCUGACUCCAGCACAAGAGUGGAGUGCCAGUAAGUUAGAUGGGUCUUCAGGUGACAAGAGUGCAAUAGAAAUCCCCCCAAAUGAGUCCCUUCAAAUGAGGGCUGCGAGGAUACUGGGCAUCGAGGUGGCCAUGGAGUCCCUGUUGCCGGGCGCCAGGAGAACAGGACAUAACCAGCCCUCUGAGCCUGAUGGCAGUGCCCGAAGGUUGGUGUCCCCUAGGGAGGAACCAGUGUCUAGUCCAGCACAGCCGGAUGAGCCCACAGUUUCCAAUGAUGCCUUUUAUGGCAGGAGAAAGUGUGGCUGGACCAAAAGCCCUCUGUUCGUAGGGGAAAGGGACAGUGCCCUGCAGGCUCCAAGGACUUCUGAACUAUCUGGUGUGGACAGGGUCGUCCCCAGCAAGGCCACUGACCCAGAGUCUCAGCCCAGUGACUUGGAGUCCUUCAAUCACAAGGGCAUGGGGACAGAACCACCUUUCAGGUCCACUUUGUUCCAUUUUAUAGAAAGGGCUCCAAGUGUGGCAGGCUCAGAAAAGAGGCUCAGAAGUACUUCCAGAGUGAUUGAAAGUUUACAAGAGAAACUGGCUUCCCCCCCCAGGCGAGCCGACACUGACCGCUUGAUGAGGAUGAAAGAGGUGAGCUCCAUGUCUCGGAUGAGGCUCCUGAGCUCCCGGAGCACUGACUCCGUGGAGGAUGCUGAGGAACUGAAGGCUGAGAGGGGCCCAGGAGCUCAGCCAAGAGGCCUGGUCUCUCUGACCACUGGGGACCUGGCCCGGAAGGUGGGAAAUACAUUCUCUAUCUCCAAGAGCGCACUCUCACUGGAAGAAAAUGGGCAUCUGGAACCAGGAAGGGAGAAGAACUUGGAUCGGGACUUCUGGUGCCCAGGUGAGGAGUCAGAUUCGUAUGACCCUAGCAGAGUGGAGCGGGUGUGACGAGAUGCCAGUGAAGUGCAUCCACCAUAGUUGCGAAUUGAGUGUUCUGUAUCAGCUGGAAACUGCUGGCUGCUAGUGCUCUGUGGUAUCACUACCCCUGCUACCAGGAGACUCGUCAUGCCUUCAGAAUCUCUUUGUGGAAGUAAAGAAGUAGUCCAUUGAAACUCUGUUUUUACAAAUGAAGAGUUAAUACCUGUGUUUAGAAGAGUAACAUGGACUCUCCUGCAUGAUGGAUUUAGCCAAACUGGUAAAAUGUUUGGUGUUAAUCUGCUUCUGUGACAAUUUGAACAUGGACAAUAGAGUGAAUGAUUUUUGAAAUGACUGUGAAUGUCAUAAAUUCCCUUUCACAUCUCCAGGGCCUAUGGUCCAUGCUCAUGUAAAGGAAUUUGGGACAGCGUUUCUGCACUUUGAGUUUAGGGGAAAUGUGAAUGACUAUAUCUGAUCCAUUUCUAAUCAAUUUGGCCUUCUGCUGCUGGAAGUAACUACACUUAUAAGUAACUUGCCAUCAGAGACUAAAAGCAAUAUCUUUUUAAGUUCCUAAAAGAUUAAAACUUACUAUAACGUACUAAGAAUAUUAUUUAUCUUGUAAUGAAAUAUUUUGCUCGUUUGCAAACAUGCCAUGUCUGCUUUGCACUCAGUAUUAUCUAUUUUUAUUUUCUGUAUGGACGUUUAGAAAUUCUUUAUAUGAAAAAAAAAAUUGCUGGUUUAAAAUAGACCAUUUUAACAAAGAAACUAUAUUUCUUUUUACAAAAAUGCUAUUUUUCUAUGAUGUAAACAGUUGUUAGGUGGCAGAUUUUUAAGGGAGUUUUAUUUUAUUUAAGAAUCUGUAUCCCUUUGUGUAAGAGAGACCCACAGAGGGUUCACAUCUGCUUUAAAGCACAUAUCCCUUACCCACUCACAACUUGGCUAUUUUUAUUUUAUCUUAGAAAGAGAUCUCAAUAUAGACAUUUUACAGGAUUAAAUAAACUUUUCACAGAAGUUUUCUUUUUACAAAUAUAACUAUAAGGUUAUAUGUGAAAAUAAUCCUCUCAAAACCAGCCAAUGUCCACAAUUUUUGCUGCCAUAUCCACUAGAAUUACCAAAAAGUGUAGUUUCAUUUUUGUAUAUCUAUGGGGGUCUGCCCUGAUACCAUGCUUUUCUCCCCCCACCCUUUAAAAAUAUGUAUUUUUAUCUAGAAUGAUCCUUACUUAAUCUCUGCAUAUUUUAAAAAUGUGCUAGAGACAUAUAUAUGCCAUUACAAAAGUAUUAUGAGGCCUAUGUAUUCUACUGUGUUUACUAUUGCAUUAUCCUGCACAAAGUUUAUGCAUUUUUAUGCAUUUGUCCCUUCUUUCUAAGUAAGGUAUUCUUGUUAGCUAACAUUUCCUGAAUGGGUUCUUGUCUCCUCUCUUCUUCCCUUUCUCCCUCCCUCCCUUUUCUUCCCUUCCUUCUUUUUCUUUUUCUUUUUAAAUAUCGAGAGAGAGAGAGAGAGAGAGAGAGAGAGAGAUGGAGAAACAUCAAUGAGAGAGAAACAUCAUCAAUCAGCUGCCUCCUGCACACCCCCUACUGGGGAUCAAGGCCACAACCUGGGAAUGUGCCCUGACCUGAAUGGAACUGGUGACCCAGCAGUCUCUUAGUUCCUGGUUUGAUGCUCAACCGUUAAGCCAUACCAGUCAGGGGCAUGGGGCUUUUUUUCCUUCUUUCCUUCCCCCCCCCCUCUUUUUUUUUUUUUUUGAGAAACCACCUGAUCUAUUUUUAGACAUUUCAGAUUCCUAAAAUGUGAAUUGUUGGGUGGUCUGCAAUUUGGCCCUAAAACAAUUCUGACUGGGCUUUCCUGGCCUGUUUUUAUCUGUAACAUAUGAUUUUAUUUCGUAAGACCUUCAUGUAUUUGGACUGUAAUAAACAAUACAGGAUCUAAAUAAUUCUGAAAAAUCAUUUCGAAUACACUUAUCUGUAGUCUUGGUUCCUACCUAUUACUCAUAGCCACUUCUUUCCUGAUUUUUGGCUUUUGUGAAAAGUUGUAGUAGGCUCUUGUUUUCACAACACAAAGAGAAGGGCCGAGUGUCUGCUAGGCAUAGCUUAGAUUGUUUUUCCCAGGAAAAAUUUAGUGAGUAAGAGGUUUAUUACUCUGUCAUGGUCAGUGAAUCACUUAAGUAAUCUGGUAGAACUAAAUGAGGGCGGUUACAUGUUUCCCUCUUUAAAUGCAAGUGAAAUGCAUAUAUCUGCAUAUGUUUAUAUAUAUACAUAUAUAUAAACAUAUGCAGAUAUAUAUGUACAUAUACAUAUAGACACAUACAUAUAUACAUACAUAUAUUUGAACUGUGUUCUGACUUCCUUCUAAAUUUUGUUGAUCCCAUAUAAAGACUUCUUUUAAUGAAAAUAAUUAAAUUUUAGUUUAUUCCUCACAAGAAAGAGAAGAAUACUAAAGAGAAAAAAAAUUAAUGUACCUUAUGUUUGAUACUUUUAUUUUGUUUUCUAAAUUAUUAUAGUUUUCUGAAACCAUUCUGAAUUUAGUUGAAAUUAUCAAUAUUUAUACUUCUAACUUUAAUUUCUGGAUUCCAGCUUGAAUAUAGUAACUUCGAAAAUUUGACUUUUAAACUUGUGUAUUCUAAGAUAAAUAAUACAGUCUAAUCAGAAAUAGCUUUCCCAGAGGUUUUGAAUUUAAUGAUAGUUAUUCUUUAUUACUUCUAUUGCUCAUACCUAUAUACCUCUUUGUUAUUAGUUGUGGCUGAAUAACUAAUGUAUUUUGAGUUUGUCAUUGUUUUUCUCAUAUGUUUGACUAACUUUUGGUGUUUAAUAAUUUAGGGCUUAUAAAAUUAAAUUAAAAGUUCUAAUUUUGACCAUUUGAACUAAAAAUUAUAUGAGGAAUUAUGUAUGAAAUGUAUUUGUAUUUCUUAAUGGUAAAAGUAGGGGAAAUAUUGGUAUAUAGCUCUAAUUACUUCUUUAAAGAAAAUUUCUGAAUGAUUGAAAACAAAAUAUCUUUAUUAACAUUUUCAAUCUUUUGUUUCUGCAAACCCCAGAAAAUUUCUUAGAAGAAGUGCAGCCCCUGACUGCAGGUUCAGAAUCCUUUUCCGUGUUGUUUCUAACUAUUUGGGUUUCUUUUUUAAAAGUCACUUUAAAAUGUGUCUACUCUGAGAUCCUGGUGUCCAUACUAGAAACAUAGGUUGAGGUUUUGAUUCAUUUGGAAAAUCUAAGUAGAACUUUUGCUACUCAAAAGUUCUGACUGUUGGUGAAGGGUUGGUGUUAAUGAAAGUUCAAGUGCAUAAACUCCAAUGAUUGUAAAACUAGACCCUGACCAUUUUUUGUGACAGUUAAAGGACUUACUCUGAUAGAAGUUUGGUUUAAGGGCUUCUGAGCGGAAAUGCUGAGCCCUAUCCACGACUGACACAACUACUUCCCAGCUCUGAGCAGAAGAGACCAAUGGAAGAUAAGAUUAACCCACAUUUCAUCUGGUCCCCAAGGAUUAUAUUUAUGUGUUUUGGCUAUUUUGUUGUUUUGUUUUGUUUAAAAUGGUUAAAUAAUACACAGUUAAGUAUCAGGUUAGCAUCUUGCAAAGUGACCAGUGCAGCAGAAUUCUCUCUAAAUAUCUGAGCUUAGAGAAACAUUUCCAGUUUUCUAAGUUUUUGUAGGCAGUUACUUUUGUGUUUGGGCCAUUGUUCUGCUAGAUCAUCUGCGGGAGGCAUGAAGUGUGAGGGAUGGGAGUAUGUUUCUUGAACUGAAGCUGUUAGAGUAGGCUUAGGGGGGAGAUGCAUUUUCUGUUAUGCUUUUCAUUGCAGAUUCUGUACAUCUGUUUGUGGGAGGAGAGCUGCUACUCGGGACAGGAUUUAAGAGACACAGUCCAAGUGACCUUUAAGAAUCUGCAUGGUGGGAGGUCCUUUUCCCAAACUCUGGGUUGGUCCACUGUGGGACUCACCCAGGGAAGAUGAUAAAAUAACAUUAAAGAAAGAAUGGUCCCCAGCCUGCAUAUUAAGGAGUGAUUAAGACUGCAACUCAGAUUAAAGUCCUUUGGAAAGAUCUGUAUGGUCUAGCAAACUGCCCGUGGAAACAAUCCUUAAGUUCAUCAGCAGUGCCACGAGAUGGGCAGUGCAGCGAGGUGGGCAGAGUGCGCGUGUGCGCACAUUCCUGGCUUUGACUUUUGAGAGCCCCUGUCAAAGCUGUGUUUAGUACAGGGGACAAGAAGGACCUUGUGCUGUGGCCUCUGACUGAAACUUUAACCCAAAGGCAAGUCUGGCUAUUUGUCCCAAUGCCUUCGUUUGGGGUGAGGAGGAGCGCUCCCCCAACUAGUCCCUUUCCCCUGUGGAAGCCAGAGGGGCAGCUGAAUGUCUUCAAGGAGCUCUUGUAUUUCUCUGCAUAAUGUAAAGACUUGUUAUUUCAGGAUGACUGACCUGCUCAGUGACACACAUGUUCCAAAUAAAGAUUUUGCAUGAAAGUA